AUGUAUUUUAGUAAAAAUCUUUUAAUACUUUUUGCUGCCACUUUUUCCCUAUUCAUAGCGUUUUCGUCAAACGACCAUAAUCGAGUAUCUGCCCACCCAGUAACAAAAAACCCAAAUCCAAAUCACCACAACCAUCAUCAUAAACACAAUAUCAAACCACACACACGACUUCCAAUCAAUGUCAAAUCAACUACUAGUUUCAAGCCAAAAACUACUAAAAGUUCCAAGCCAAAAAUUGUGACAAGAGGUGCAACAGCACUCGGCAUUGCUCCUCUAUACAAUCCAAAUAAUAAAGCAGCUAACGGUCAUCAAGUUUUUUUUAACAAUCCAGCCACGAAUAUUGACUAUCAUCAAGGAGAGGUAAUGAGCGGGCUGACGAAUAUUCAUUUUAUCUAUUACGGAGAUUGGAAUAAUCAAGAUGAACGUAACAUUCUUCAGACAUUCUUUGAAAAUGUUGAUGGCACGCCGUGGUUUCAAACAUUACAAAAGUAUUCUAAUCUAGUGAACAAAAAUAUCACUGGUCCAAUCAAACUUACCCAUGUAUUAACCAACGAAUACACACAUGGUUCAUCACUCACCAAACAAAAUCAUAUUGACAUUGUAAAUGAAGCGCUCGAUCAAAACAUUUUACCCGAAGAAUCAAAUGCUAUUUACUUUAUUCUCUCAUCGAAAGAUGUCCGAUCCGAAGGAUUUUGUAAAGAUUAUUGUGGAUAUCAUUCGCAUUUUACACGUCCAAGCAACACGCAGUUGAUAUACUCCUAUGUUGGAAAUGCCGAAGAACAGUGUGCAUCCGGUUGUGCAACGGGAAAUCCUAACAUUUCGCCAAACUCGAAUGUCGGUGUUGACGGAAUGAUUAAUAUUAUGGCGCAUGAACUAAUCGAAUCUAUGAAUGAUCCUUUUUUGAGUGCUUGGUAUGAUUCAAAUGGUCAAGAAAGUGCUGAUAAGUGUAAUUUCAAUUUUGGGAAAACUGCCAAAGCCGAAAACAAUGCUGAUUAUAAUAUGAUUGUUAACGAUAUCAAGUAUAAUAUUCAAAUGAAUUGGAAUCCAAUCACUGCAGAAUGUGACAUUGGGAGUUAA